UUUUAAGCGUGGAAAAAAAGGAGGCAGGGCUGAAGCAAAUGUUGAUCACAGUUCAAAAGGAUAAACAAAAGAUCGAAGACACCAUUGUGACGCUUGAUAAUUACAAGAAAGAGGCGUUGCAGGCCACCUGGGAAAAAGUCAACAAGUAAUACACAUCCUAGCUUACGGAUAGUUGUUUUGGGUCACAGAGAACUAACACUGCCUGUCAUUUAGGGAUUUUGGUGAUAUCUUUGGUGAGUUACUGGCCGGAAACACUGCCAAACUGCAGCCUCCCGAAGGAAAAGCCAUAUCCGAUGGCUUGGAGGUCAAAGUGUGUUUGGGAGGUGUUUGGAAGCAAAGUUUGACGGAACUUUCUGGUGGACAAAGGUAGGCGUCAUUUGAGCUAAGCUUACGAGCGAAUGGUGUUCUGCAAUUAUGUCAUGUGUUGAUUGUUUUCAAUUUGCUAUUAGAUCUCUCAUCGCGCUAUCGCUCAUUCUGUCCCUACUGCAAUUCAAACCUGCACCCAUGUAUAUUCUAGACGAAGUGGAUGCGGCACUGGAUUUGUCUCACACUCAGAAUAUCGGUCACCUCUUGCGGUCCAGAUUCAAGGGCAGUCAGUUCAUUGUUGUUUCGCUGAAGGAUGGUAUGUUCAACAACGCCAAUGUCCUUUUCAAAACUCGUUUCAGAGAUGGUACCUCUGUGGUAGAACGUACUACCACUCGGGUACGUAGCAAGGAGAACGAGAUGGCAGCUCCUGCCCCUCGAACAAAACGUUCAAGAGACGAUGCCAACGCUCGAUCCAAGUAGACACACUCUACAUGAUGUAUUAUAAGUCAAAUUUGUGGUGAUAAAUUAUUAUUUUUCUUAUCGCAAUGCUAAUAAAGAAAACAAUAGAAAUAUAACCGUAAAGAAAUGGAAAAAAAGGUAGCUACUAUGGUGUAGAAGCUACG